AUGUCAUCUUGUUUGUCAUUGUCGGGGUCGACGGCCUGCCCGGCGUGGAGUAGCUCGAAAGUCUCCACUAAUUCGAGCCAGUAUUCGAGCUUUCCAUGGCUCGACGGCGUUUCUAAUCUCACAUCAUUCGAUCAAGCCCUGAGCAAUUAUGUUUCGGACACUUAUGUCACCUCCAAAUAUGUCGACCUGUUGGGUUGCGAGGGCCUCAAUAAAAGCGCCAUGAAUGAUUAUUAUGCCCAAUAUACCACCAGUGUGAUUUGCAGCGGUCUCAUUCAGAGCUCCAAGGAUGAUUGUGGCCUGUCUUCCGCCCAAUCAGAACCGCUAUGUGCCGAGACGUGCGCGCUCAUGGCCACCAGCGAACAGGAGAUCAUGGUCAACAAGCAACUCUGCCCGAAAACCAACGAGGAUUACAUGAAACAGAUUCGCUCCGAUUUCACUAUCUGUUCGAACCCGGCUGACUCGCUGACCGGAAGCUGUGUGGAUGGGUCCGACAACGAGCCGGACAACUGCGGUUUCUCAUCUAAUACGAUCGGCCUGUGCACCUACUGUGCGUCCAGCUCGCCCAACUCAACCGAUACUUGCUGCGCCAGCUCCAAUUCCACAACCCGCUGUCAUGGUGUCAGCAUUCCAACCUCGACCGCAACCCUGCAGCCGAUCGUCACCACCACCACCGCCGCCGCAGCCAGUGCUGAUGUCGCUCACCAUGAUCUGUCAGGGGGCCAGGUUGCCGGUAUUGUGAUUGGGUCGGUUGCAGGAGCGGCCAUCCUCGGCGCUCUGCUUGCUUUCCUUUUCAUCUGUACUCGCCGCCGCAAGCGGUCACAAUCCGAUGCUGCACUUAAUCAGCCAAACCCACAGCGUAAGGGCGCAUCACCACCCAUGCAGCAACCGGAAAGCCCGACAGGAUACAAUAUGGUUCCUGGCGGUCGUGUUGCUCGCAUGUCCGCCCUCCGCGAGAUUCCCAGUACCUCUCCAGCCCACUCGCGAACAUCUGGAGCGAUGUUUGGCGGUACGAAGUAUAGUGAUUCAUCCGACUCGGAGGCCAGGGGCGCCAGCCCAGGGGCUAUGUCUCGGCGAAUUCCCCCUGUGACCGGAAAGCGUCAUGGCUCGCUUUCGAGCAGCUCUGCUCUGGCUGGACUGGACAGUGAUAGCUCACCUCUAUCUGGUACUGCGAAUCAAUACUCGUCCCCUGAGGGGGUGACCAGUGGCCAGUCCGAGCAGCUGUCGUACUUCCGCGACUACUACUCGCAAGACGAUAUUCAACCCGGCGACAAGGUGGCUGCCCUGUGGGCAUAUUCUCCCCGGGCGGGUGAUGAAUUUGAGCUGGACCGUGGUGAGAUGCUGAAGGUGAUUGGCAUCUGGGACGACGGUUGGGCCACAGGUGUCCGUCUCGCCGAGCGAGCGGAGGACUAUGACAUUCGUCAUCGCGAGCAGCGUGACAGUGGAGUAUCCAAUGGCUCGCAGCGGCUGGGCCCGUCACCUGCGCCCUCCGGCGAGAUCAAAGCCUUCCCGUUAGUGUGUAUCUGUCUGCCGCAGCACUGGCGGAAGAUCAUCGAUGGUGGCGUCCCGGAGGACGACGAAGAAGUUUGA